AUGAAGACUGUAGAUGCCUGCAUUGAUUGUACAAACAACUCCACGGAGCCAAUCAUCCACGUCCCACCACCAUGGACUCUCUAUGUUACCGUCUGCGCGAUUCCAAUAAUACCUACCACACCCCUACCAGCAAAAGCAUACUACCCACUUGAACGUAACAGCACCGCCACAGAGGGCAAUUUCAUAGGCCUCGUAGGCGCAAUUCUCAUUGUCAGUUACAACGACACUCCUGUCGGUCCAUACGACGAGUUCGCCAUUAUCCCCAGCUACUUCGAAAAUGUUCGUGGAUCUCGUUUCUACGUAAGCCAGAAGUACACAAACUACAAUGGUCGCAAAAUCCCCAAGCACCUCGCCAAAUUCGACUGGACUACUGGCGUCGACGGCAGCACCUCACUAAAGAUCUACCCUUUCGACACUCAGGGCUCCCCGAACGAGAAUGGUCCCUCUACCCUCCCCUUCUUCCAAUUGAAAUACACCCCUCUCACCCCAGCGCCUCUCCCCAUCCCUAUCAAUCUCGACCCUCCAUUACCGGUCGGAAACGGCAGCUAUGGCGAGCUGCCGGGCACAACGCACUGGGCGGAGACGCCGCUGGGCGCGACGAGUAAUUAUCCGACGCCUGUGAUGUUUGAUUUGGAUCAAGGGACGGGAGAUGAUACAGGGAAUGAUUAUAAUGCUGCUGGUAAUGAGGUGUACCCAAACUUUUGGCCGGAGCUGCCGAGGUGGAACAUUGGGGUUGAAAUGGAGCGGGCGACGGUUGAGUUUCCGGUGCCGGAGACGUGGAGUUGA